AUGGAUCUUGCCAACACUUUAAUCCGAACGGUGGCCCGCUCCUUCUACGAGACCCGCCACAUCCUUGUGAUCGAUGCGCUCUUCAUUCAUUCGGUUCUCCAUGCGGAGGACCUCGCUUUCCUCCUCGGCAUGCAGCAGAAAGACCUGCGGAAACUAUGCGCCAAGUUGCGCGAAGACCGCCUAAUCGCAGUUAAUACACGAGCUGAGAUUCGCGAUGGAUCAACCCGACCGGUCAACCGUGAAUACUACUAUAUCCCGUUGCACCCUGUUGUCGACGCUAUCAAGUACAAAGUCUCCAAGUUAACCUCGACGAUUAAAUUGCAAUAUACACCGAGCCAAGAAAGAAAGGAAUAUAUUUGCCUGCGAUGCGGGACUGAGUGGACGGAGCUGGAUGUCCUGAGUCUUUAUUCGGAUGAUGGGUUCGAGUGCCAGAACUGCGGAGCUAUUCUUGAGCGUACGGAAGAUGUCAAGGGCGGCGAGGGAAUUGACCGCACUGGCCACGAGAAGAACAGCAAGCUUAUGGCUCAGUUGGAUGGGAUGCUGAAACUGCUAAAGCAGAUUGACUCCGUCGAGAUUCCUCCAAACGACUUCGACACCGCUUGGGAUCAUAAGAUUGAUGUUGUUCGGAACCAGCACACUAACCCUACUCGGGCAGCUAUUGUCGUGCCUUCUAAGAAGCAGGAAGCUGUCCGCGGCAACCUCAAGACCGAUGCAGGUGCUCUCGAAAUCUCGCUAACUUCGACUGAGGAGAAGUCUGCGGCUGAACAAAAAGAAGAAGCCGCCCGCAAGGCCGCCCUGGAGAAACAAAACGCGCUACCCGUGUGGCAUACUCACUCGACCGUUUCUACGGGUGCUGGAAAUGCCGGGGCCGUCAAGUCUGAAAAUGGCGUCAAAAUCAAACCCGAGCUCAAGGAGGAGGAAGACCAGAAGCCUAAUCUGGUCGACCUUGAUGACAAGGUCGCAGCGUACUACGCAGAAAUGGAGCGUGAAAAGGCCCUGCAGGCUGAAGAAGAUGCCAGCAGUGCGGAAGAAGACUCGGACGACUUUGACGAAUUUGAAGAUGUCGGUGGUGUUUCUGCAAGUGACACUGCUUCCCCAGCUGUUGGCGGUACAUCUGCGCCAACCAGUGCCCCUGCCGGCAUUAAGCGUGAAUUUGAUACCGACUCUGGUACUAGCGCACCUCAAACAACCACAGGGACGCCGUCGACGCCGGCGGAUGAAGAGCCUGCGACCAAAAAGAUCAAGACCGAGCCCGAGAUUAAGAAAGAGGAGUCUGAUGAGGACGAUGAGGAAUUUGAAGACGUUUAA